GGGCGCACCUCCUGCUGAUGGGCCGCCUGACGCACGGCCGUGACGGAGAGUGGACACUAACGGAUGGCAGCGGCAGUAUUCGAUGUGAGGUUGUGUCCCCCUCACCUCUGUGGAUGGGCCGUCUCAUCUUUCUCCCCUCCUGGCACUACAUCCCCCACGAUGCCCCUGGGGAAGCGCAGCCAGAAGCCCCAGGCUAUGUGGAGCUGAUUGGCUCUCCUGUUCUGCUGUGUCCUGGUCCUGUACAGAAGUUGGCCUCCAGUCCCGUCGCCAUCAGAGAGGCUGUGGCCUUAAUCCACGACAGGUGUGUCACACUUUCAGAUCAUUACGAACUCACCAUACGACAUUAAACAUUAUUUUGGGAAAAUGUAUCUGGAGGUGUGAGGAUACUGGAGUGUAUGUCACAACAUAUUACGCU